AUGGAUUGUGGCGGCGUUGGUCUCUAUUCCACCGCUGCAGACUAUGCAAAGCUUCUCGGAGGCUUGUUGAGUGGCGGCCAGAAUAUUCUCAAGCCAGACACAGUUCACGAGUUGCUGAGUUGGCAGCUUCCCGAUGCGAGCUUUGUUCUAGAUCAAUUCUUUGGCGAAUAUCAUGCGAUACUCCCUCCGGAGUUUCCGAAGGAUAUGCCUUUAAACUAUGGCCUUGUGGGUGCCAUAAAUCGGGUUGAUAUUCCAGGGAAGCGACGCGCAGGGAGUGUGAUGUGGUAUGGUAUAGCUAAUUGUCGUUGGUGGCUCGACCACAAGUCAGGAAUCGCCGCGAGGCUGUUUGUUCAAAUAUUGCCUCCAGGAGAUGGCGCGGUAUCGGAGCUGUACGACGAAUUAGAGCGAGCAAUAUAUCAAGCCCUAGGAGCUAGAUCGGCUUGA